UUACGAAUAUCCUCUGAAAACGUUUUUCGCGUCUGUGUACAAUGAAUCAGUUGCAAGGUGUUCAAAAAAAUGCAGAAUAUUAUCCAGCAGAGCGUGGAAAAUUGGCGGCUCCGUUUUUAGAAACAGGCACGAUUAUCGGACUGAAGCGUCCGUUCCAAGUUGAAAAGAUGGUGGGCGGCGGGGGGUUUGGGCAGAUUUUUCGAGCGGUUGAUAUGGAGACAAAACUUGUUGUGGCCGUGAAGGUUGAACCGAAAUCCGUCGAAUCUGGGAGGAUUGUGCUGGAACUUCAUAUAUUGGUUGAGCUUGCACAUUCACCACAUAUUCCCAAAGUGCACUACAGUGGGGAAAUUGGCGGCUACAACUUCAUAGUCAUGCAGCUUCUCGGAUCGAAUAUCACAGACCUUCGAAAGUUCCAGAAGGGACGGUGUUUUUCUGCUGAAACGACGGCGAGAGUAGGAAUUCAAUGUUUGGAGGGAUUGAAGCAGAUUCACGAGCUAGGAUAUAUUCAUAGAGACAUUAAACCUUCGAACAUCUGUGUGGGCAUUGGUGAGCACAAGCGGGUCCUCUACAUUGUCGAUUUUGGAAUGGCUCGUCAGAUUCGCUUUCCCAGUGGCGCUUUUCGACCGGAACGCCCGUACGCCUCAUUCCGUGGUACUACUCGAUACGUUUCCCUGGCAGCUCAUGAACGGAAAGAGCAAGGUUUUGCAGAUGAUAUUUGGUGCCUAUUCUUCUCACUUUUGGAGUUAGCCGAGGGACUUCCUUGGAAAAACGUGGUGGAUCAGGAUCAGGUUUACCAUGCCAAACAGCUUUUGUUGAGGAACUUUCAAUCAAGGAAAAUGGGUCAAAACUUCGGGACAUUUCCUCGAGCCCUCGAGCUCAUCAAACGGACAGAAACUCCAAAUUAUGAGAAUUUCAUCGUUAUUCUGAAAUCCUGCAGUUCGCGUGUCAAUGAAUGGGAGGAAUUUGAAUGGGACGACCAUGAUGAACAAUAUAGAUGAGAACAUUCAUUUUUAUUGAGCUUUUCGAAUGAACUUUGAGAACCUGCGG